AUGACAGAAUACAAAUUGGUGGUGGUUGGCGAUGGUGGUGUCGGAAAAUCGGCGCUCACAAUACAACUUAUACAAAAUCAUUUUGUUGAGGAGUACGAUCCGACGAUUGAGGAUAGUUAUCGAAAACAGGUGAGAGUUUUGAGCGUGAAAUUUGAAAAAUUGAGCUCUGUAGCUCAAAAAAUGAGCCACAUUUUCAUGAAUUUGAGCUCUUGAGCUGAAAAAUAACCCAAAAUUUUAUAAAUUUGGGUAAUUUUGAGCUCUUGAGCUAGAAAAUGAUUCAGAGUUUGAUAAAAUUCAUGAAAAUUGAGCUCCGGGGCUCAAAAAUGAGCCAAAAUUUGAUGAAUUUCAGCAAUUUUGAGCUCUGGAGCUUGAAAAUGACCUAAAAUUUGAAAAUUUUGGUGAAAAUUGGGUCUUGAAGCAUGAAAUUUGAUUUUUAGACUCAAAUUCUAUAAAUUGAGCUCCGGAGCUAGAAAAUUAUCCAAAUUUUCAUGAAUUUUUGCAAAUUUGAGCUCUGAAGCUAUAAAAUGAACCAUAAUUUCAUCAAUUUGAGCAAUUUUGAGCUCAGGAGCUGAAAAAUGACCCAAAAUUCAUAAAAAUUGAGCUCAGGAGCUAUAAAAUGACCAGAAAUUCAUCAAAAAUCCUGUGACCCAACCAUAAAAUCUGAUUUUUCAGACAAAAACUUGAAAAAUCAAGCUCCACACACUUUGCAAGCCUCGCACAUUUUUCUCCAAGAAAAACUGUGCGAGGCCUGCAAAGUGAUUUUUGAGAUCCUAAAAAAUUCCCCCGAAAUCAUUUCUAAUUGCCUCAAUUUCUAAGUUUUCUCUGCGUCUCUCUCACUCUCUCUGCGCGAGGAAAACAAAGAUAAUAAAAAUAGAAAACGAAGUAUCAAUUAAAUCUGUGUGCUCUUUUUGUUUUUCACCAUCAAAAAGAGCACACCUACCUAUAAAUUAAACUACAAAUUGGAAGCAUCUGGAGGGAAUUAGAGAGAUAAAGGCAGUGAGAGACGCAGAGAAAACUGUGGAGCCGAUUUUCUGAUCAUUUUGAUACCAAAUAUCAUUGGGAAAUCAAGCCCCGCCCAUUUCUGCAAGCCUGGCACAGAUUUUUUCAAUUUUCGGUCAAAAAGUGUGCGAGGCUUGCAGAAAAUGGGCGGGGUUUGGAUUUCUGAUCAUUUUGAUACCAAAUAUCAUUGGGAAAUCAAGCUCCUCCCAUUUUCUGCAAGCCUCGCACAGUUUUCACACUAUUUUUGGUCAAAAAGUGUGCCAGACUUGCAGAAAAUGGGUGGGGCUUGGAUUUCCUGACCAUAUUUGAUAUCAAAAUGUUCGGAAAAUCAAGCUCCACCCAUUUCUGCAAGCCUGGCACACUUUUCAUCGAUGUUUGUUGCAGGUAGUAAUAGACGGUGAAACUUGCCUAUUGGACAUAUUGGACACGGCGGGUCAAGAAGAGUAUUCGGCGAUGCGCGAUCAAUACAUGCGAACCGGCGAAGGAUUUCUGCUGGUUUUCGCCGUCAACGAGGCGAAAUCGUUCGAGAAUGUCGCCAAUUAUCGCGAACAAAUUCGACGGGUCAAGGAUAGCGAUGAUGUAGGUGGACUUUGGGCAUUGCGAGCGAUUUUGGCGCGAAAAAUGAGCCUAGGAGCGAUUUUUUGACCUAAUCUCCGCAAGCAGCCAACCCUUGAAAGAGGCCUUUUCAAGCAACCGCGCCUUGACAUGCUCUCCUUAACAAGGGAACCUUUUUUACUCAACACUUCAAAUCAUGAUGAAAUUUGGUCCAUGGACAGCUUUUGGGACCAUAAGAACACCCUAAAAAUUUUAGUUACCCAAUGGACCUCUGAGCCAAGUUCUGGGCUCUCAAAAGUUCAAAAAUAGCCAAAAUUUGCUCAUAAAAGUCAUCAUAACUCCAUUUCCAAAUAAUUUUCAUGAGAAAUAAAGUUUCAGAUAUUGAUCAGCAUGGUCGAUUACCUAAAAGUAAAUCAAUAAAAAAUAUUUUUUCGAAAAAUUUUGAAGUUUUUUAUUUUUCGGCUGAAAAUUCAUGAAAAUUCAUAUGUGCCCCUGCUCAUUCUUUUUUUCAAAAUCAGAAAUUUUUCUGAAAAUUCGAUUUAUUGAUGCUUUUUGGGUAAAUCGACCACGCUGAUCAUCAUCUGCUACUCAGUUUUUGAUAAAAUUUAUCGAAAAUUGAGUUAUGACGUGUUUUAUGAGCCAAUUUUGCCAAUUUUUGAACUUUUCAGAGUCCAGAACUUGGCUCAGAGGUCCAUUGGGUAAAUAAAAUUUUUAGGGUGUUCUUAUGGUCCCAAAAGCUGUCUUUGGACAAAAUUUCAUCAUGAUUUGAAGUGUUGAGUAAAAAAGGUUCCCUUGUAAGUAGUCGUCCCUAGAUAAUAGUUCUUUUAAGCAUUCAACGCUUAUCAUCCCACUCUCAAGCAGCCAUCUGUUGACCCCACUCUCACCUCAAGCAACCAUCCCUUGACCCCACUCUCACCUCAAGGAAUCCCUUCACACUCAUCUAUUCUUGCAGGUUCCAAUGGUAUUAGUCGGCAACAAGUGUGAUUUAUCGUCUCGCGCCGUCGACGGACGUACAGUAACCGACACUGCCAAGGGAUACGGUAUUCCGUCGGUUGACACGUCGGCAAAAACACGUCUCGGCGUCGAUGACGCAUUCUAUACAUUGGUUAGAGAGAUUCGAAAAGUGAGUGAUUUUGAGCGGGAAAAAAGUUUGCGAGGCUUGCAGAAAUGGGCGGGGCUUACUUCGCUGAUCAUUUUGAUACCAAAUAUGGUCAGGAAAUUAAGCUCCGCCCAUUUUCUGCAAUUCUGGCACAGAAAAGUGGGAGGAGCCUAAUUUCCCAAUAAUAUUUAGUAUCAAAAUGAUCAGAAAUCCAAGCCCCGCCCAUUUUCUGCAAGUCUGGCACACUUUUUGACCGAAAAUAUCGAUUUUUUCAGCAUCGCGAACGACACGACAGCAAUAAGCCGCAAAAGAAGAAGAAGUGUCAAAUUAUGUGA